AUGUCGUCAAAUAGAGUUGCUAAUAUAAUGAAGCUACGUCGAGUCGUUGCUCCAAAUGUCUCUCAAAAGCUUCCUUCAACUUCAAAUACAAAAAAACCAACAGUUACCAUGAGUGAAAUAAUCGAAGGUAAUAAAGAAGGAGCAAAGAAAAAGUUGGUUCUUGUUGAUGAGGAUGAUGAGAUGUUUCAAGAAGCGGAUACAGAAGUGGAUGAUGUUGGUCAACAUGUGAUACGAAUGGCAGAUCACGACUAUUCUAACGAUGAAGACAAUGUUCAUGAACAAUUACAAGGCCCGGAAAAACAAAAGGCAACAAGUUCUAAUAUAAAAGGUAAUAGUAUAGGUAGGCGUAAGAGGCUGCAUAUCACUUCUACAAUCUCAACUGAGCGUGUUGAAGACCAUGUUGACGACGACCAUGAUGAAGACCAUCAAGUUUUUGAAACUCAAGGUCAUCAAGCUAGUGAAAUACAAGGCGCUCCUAAAAGGGUAAGAGGCUAUACAACAAAAGCUGAAAUUUGGAAGAUGGAUAGUACAAAAAGAAUAGUUGUCACAUUCAACAAGUAUGGAAAGCCUGUUGGGGCUGAAGCUAAUGAACUUGUUCAAUUCCUUGGUACGCUCGCGAGGAUGGCUGAUCAUGUAUCCAUAGAAUAUUCUGACUGGAGGAAGGUUCCAAUACAAAAAAAAGAGGACAUGUAUUCACUCGUUAAGUCUAAAUUUGUUAUUCAUCCAAAUGAAACAAAUGAGAUUAAAAACUGGAUCUUGACUAGCAUCGGAAGAAAAUGGAAAGAAUGGAAAGGUUCAUUAAAGGCAUGUGCAUAUGAUCCAAGCCGUAGUGUUGAUAAAAUUGUGGCACAACAAGUUAAAAAUGACGACCGAGUGAAUCCAACUCAAUUUAAAGAACUUGUUACUCGUUGGUUCACUUCGGAAUAUCAGAGUACAUGCGGUGUUAAAAGAUUGAGCCGCUCAAAGAUGAAGGAGCCUCAUGUUAGCGGGACAAAGUCUUUUGCUAGACUUGCUCAUGAAAUGGCCGCGGAGAAUAAUGGUAUACAUCCAACACGAGGAGAAAUGUAUAUAAAAACUCGCACUCGUAAAGAUGGAAGCAUUGUUGAUGAUAACGCUACUCAAGUUGUGGAUUCAUUAAAAAAAAUUACAAAUGACUCUACAAUCACACCCGACGAUCCAGAUGAUUUUAAAAAUGAUGACUACUCAAAAGUUAAAGGCCCGUAG